CACAAUAGCUGUGGCUCGAAGAUAUCACAAAGGGAUGAACUCGAAGAUGUGAUAUAUCGUCGGAGAGGCUGGAUGCGUACGAGUCGCAAGGUUUGGAUUCGGCGUUUCUAUGCUGAUAAUUUUGUGCAGCCAUUCUCAUCGGCUACUUCGUCUGAAGUGUCACCCGAAGCGUAUAUACAGGAGGCUCCAGGUUGGUACGAUCAUGAGGGAGAGUGGCUAUGGAACGACGUACUUCAAUGAAGUAUUCGUCGUGCCAACUUCAAAGCAAAUGCUCUCCAAUAUAUCGCGGCGUCGGCCGUUGGUUCACAGGGUUAUCACCGGAACUCUAGGUUGGUCCGAUCAUGAGUGGUCAUGUAACGGCGCGCUUCAACGAAGUAUUUCGUCGCAUAAACUUCAGAGCAAAUGUCCUCCCAAGUAUCGCGUCGUCGGCUGUUGGUACACAAUGCUGUGUUCGGUCGGAAGGCUCAAGAUAUUCCUUCUCAAAUUUAACAAUGGACGUGACGCCCUGGCACGUAUUCCCUCCGUACUCGUAGGUAAUGCACACUUGUCUACAGCCAGCGACGUAGCCACAAUGGAAUGUGUACAAGACGUUAUCGAACAUCCUGACGCGUACUGGUACGGAGCAGCAUGCCGGAAGCUCGAUCUGCCCUAGGAUCAGAUGUCAUAUUCAUGGAGCGUAUAGACGGCGUUGCGCUGGAGAAACGCUGGUUCAAUAUGUUACGAAGACAUUGGCGCGGUGAUGCGGGAAAUGUUAUUCCUUGAUUUAAAUCUUCGUCAACGGCCUUUUUCACAUAUUGGGAGUUUGUUUUUCAAGGAGAAGGACAAUAAAGAGCCUGAUGCCGAAAGAUACAGGAUUGAGCCUAUCCAGUGUCAUUGACAAGCAAUAUUGGUUCAAGACUGUUGAGGGACACUGUGGUCCUUGAACGGAUUUUUACAUUCAAGGUACUUGCCGUCUAGCACAUCGGCGAGCCGAAUCCCAAACGUCCGGCGCAGCGUCUUCUUCCCCAUGUCCUAGCUCG